AUUCGCCCGCUCAGAUUCUUCCAUGCAACCAGACGGCUACUGCAAGAGAAGGAAGUAAUUUUGUUGUAGGCUUGAUGUCGUCUCACGGUUUCUAAGAGCAUCUGUCCCCAUAGAUUACAUUAGAUAAUCGUGCACAGUCACAUUGUGUUGUGCAGGGUUUGAACGCCACUGGACAAGCAUUUGUUCCUUCAUUGGAACGAGAAAGCUUGGAAGUGCGCCGUUGGUGCUCGUUAAAGGGUUUUUUUUCCGCCGGGGACGGGGCGGCGUGGGUUAAGGAGGGCCUUGCCCGGAUAUCUGUCUAUUAAACCCAAACCUUGCUUUUUGUCGUACCUGGUCAAGCUGUCGCCUGAGCGGCACAUACCUGCGUUUAUCCGUACGUUUAGACAGCGCGGCGGGUUAACCCACGUUUAGGAGCACUCCGAUCGUUUAACUUAAAGACACCAAUGGCAGACAACCUGAGUGAGGCGCUGAAGACGCUGAAGCUCUCGUCAGCAGGAUGCUCCACAGACGCGCUGGAGGGCUGCCUAGACUGCCUGCUCAAAGCCCUGGCUGACAACAAUGUGGAGGCGAGUGAGAAGAUGCAGGAGGUGGGGGUUCUCCUUCAGCUCCCUGCCCUGCUGAGCUCCCCGUCUGCCUGCACCCCAAAAGUGGCCAACAUCAUCGCAGAGGUGGCCAAGAACGAAUUCAUGCGUGGUGUGUGUGUGGAGGCUGGUCUGAUUCCUCCUCUGGUGCAGCUGCUCAGCUCUAAGGAGCAGGAGGUGCUGCUGCAGACCGGACGAGCCCUGGGCAACAUCUGCUAUGACAGCCAGGAGGGCCGGAGUGCGGUGGAGUCUGCAGGGGGGGCCCAGGCGGCCUAUGAGCUCAUUCAGAGUCUUGCCCCACGCACAGACCCCCCUACCGGGAAGCUCUUGACUGUCUUGUGUGGCAUGCUGAUGAACUAUAGCAAUGACAAUGACUCCCUGCAGGCCCAGCUCAUCACUAUGGGGGUGAUCCCCACCCUGGUCAAGCUGUUGGGGCUCCAUGCAGAUAACACCCCCCUCACAGAGAUGUGUCUCAUCGCCUUCGGAAACUUGGCCGAGCUUGAGUCUAGUAAGGAGCAGUUUGCCUCCACCAACAUCGCUCAGGAACUGGUGCAGCUUUUCAGGAAGCAGGUUGAGCACGACAAGAAGGAGAUGAUCUUCGAAGUGCUCGCACCACUGGCUGAGAAUGAUGUGAUCAAGCUGCAGCUGGUGGAAGCGGGGCUGGUGGAGUGUCUGCUGGAUGUGGUGUCACACACUCUGGCUAGCGAACGCGAGGAGGACACGGCCCAGCUCAAGACCGCCUCUGACCUCAUGGUCUUACUGCUGCUAGGAGAUGAGUCGAUGCAGAAGCUGUUUGAGGGUGGGAAGGGGAGUGUGUUCCAGAGAGUUCUGUCCUGGGUCCCCUCUGAUAACCAUCAGCUGCAGCUGGCCGGAGCUCUGGCCAUCGCCAACUUCGCCCGCAAUGAUGGGAACUGUAUCCAUAUGGUGGAGACGGGGAUCGUUCAGAAGCUUCUAGAGCUGCUGGAGCGCCACGUUGAGGAGGGCAACGUCACCGUGCAGCACGCCGCUCUGAGCGCGCUCAGGAACCUCGCCAUUCCUGUGGUGAAUAAGUCGAAGAUGCUGGCUGCGGGUGUGGCUGAGGUGGUUCUGAAGUUUUUGCAGUCUGAGAUGCCACCAGUCCAGUUUAAACUCCUGGGAACUUUACGCAUGCUCAUCGACACGCAAGCCGAUGCAGCGGAUCAGCUGGGCUCUAACUCUAAGCUGGUUGAGAGGCUGGUGGAAUGGUGUGAAGCUAAAGACCACGCAGGAGUGAUGGGGGAGUCCAACCGUCUGCUGUCUGCUCUUAUACGACACAGCAAGUCAAAGGACGUCGUCAGAACAGUCAUUCAGGGCAGCGGUGUCAAGCACCUGGUUACCAUGGCAACGAGUGAGCACAUGAUCAUGCAGAACGAGGCGCUGGUGGCGUUGGGGAUCAUCGCCGCACUCGACCUGGCUCUGGCGGAGAAGGACUUUGUGGGGGCCAAUCUGGUGCAGAUUCUGCACAAGCUGCUGACUGAUGAGAGGAGCGCCCCUGAAAUAAAAUACAACUCUAUGAUCCUCAUCUGCUCCCUGAUGGGCUCAGAGCCCCUGCAUAAGGAGGUGCAGACCCUGGCCUUCAUAGACGUGGUGUCCAAGCUGCGCUCCCACGAGAACAAGACCGUCUCCCACCAGGCCUCUCUGACAGAGCAGCGUCUCACGGCGCAGAGCUAGGGGACUACCACACGCACGCACACACACACACACACACACACACGCCC